AUGGAAGACGUUACGUCCCUGCCGCUGUACGGCUUUCGAGAUCUCAGCAAUUGUGGUGAUUACCUCCGCCUUGACAUUGUCUCUGCGCAAGAUUUGCCCCGCAAGUCGCUCGGACUACGUGCCCCCUAUGCCAUUGCCACCCUGCACGAGACCAUUCCGCACGGUAACCAGAUCGAGAGCGUUGGUGGAGCCUUUCGCACCAACAACAAGACCCAAGUGCAUGAUGGGGCGGUCACGUUUGAGGAAGAAUGUCUCUUUGCGUGGCCUUUGACCGGAGACGUGGACCGCCACAACGGCCCCGUGCUCUAUCUUCUGGUCCGCCUCUUUGACCACCAUCGCAUUACGCGAGACCCUUUCCUGGGUCAAGUGCGCAUUGACCUGCAGCUACUCCCACCGGCCAGCCACCGCUGGGCCCACGCCACCCCUCGCAAAUUCGUCUUGCAAAAGCGGUCUCCCCGCAGCCACGUGCACGGCUCGCUCACCCUGAAGAUUGGCUAUGUCAGCCGCGCCGAGCUCACCGGCAUCACCGUGGAGCUACCGGCCAUCAGCCCCGCGCCAAGCGACACCCACUCACCCGCGAGCGGUGGCGAGGAAGAUGGCGCCCUGCCGGCGGGUUGGUCCGUUCAAAUCGACCGCAAUGGCCGCCGUCAAUACGUGCACGCCGAAACCCGCCAAGUCUGUACAUCCAUGCAACAGGUCCAGCAAGUGGCUGCCAACAGCAUCGUCCGCGCUCGGGCUGCCCUCCAGAGUGUCCUCGAUCGCGAAGCACAAGAGGAGGACUCUAAUAGCAGCACCGGCACAGGCAGCAACGGUGCCAGCGUCGGGCCCAGUCAGACGCCCAGCGAAGGCGAUGCCACGAGCGGUUCCAAUCAAGCCUCGGGACCUCUUCCACCUGGUUGGGUCAUGAGCCGCACCAAGGCGGGAAGAUACUGGGAGGAGCGAUACACACAGUCGGGUCGCAAAUUCUUUGUCAACCACCGAACGCGGACUACACAAUGGGAGGACCCUCGCACGGGCCUGCCUGCUCUUCAAGAAACCAUGGAAGAGGCACGUAGAAGGCAGGCGGUCGUGAUUUUUUCGCUCACAGUGUCCAGAGUGUCCUUGGCACGCGAAGCCGUGCCCUACUCGCGCGAUUUUGCUCGCAAAAAGAGCGCAUUCCGGGCCAAAAUGGGCACCCGUAUCCACUGCAUUGGCACCCGAUUGACUCCUCUACCCAGCCAUGCAGCACUUCAAAAUUUGACCAUGCUUUGUCCGCGCACUCACACCUCUGGCACGCAUCUGCUUUCCUCGAAACAGUUUGACAUUGCUGUGUCCCGAGACUCAAUCCUCGAAGAUUCCUUCAAUGCCGUUCGCACAGCCACGGCCAUGCAAAUGACUAUGCGCAUGAACGUCAAGUUUACUGGCGAACGUGGCUUGGAUUAUGGUGGCCCAUCGCGCGAGUGGUUCAUGCUGCUGUCGCAGGAGAUGUUCAAUCCGUAUUACGGCCUCUUUGAAUAUUCAGCGCUUGACGUCUAUACCCUUCAGGCACG